UAACCCUGUGACUAAAGAGAGAGGGUGCCUUUUCCAAAGGGGUUGGUCAUGGCAGAGAAAAUUUGAUGAAACCCCGCACAGCAGGUCACCAUCAGUUUGGCUGCACAGGAUUGCACCAUCUGAGUUUUUACGUGCUUUGAUGAUCGAGAACACUCCAAUCUGUUCGAUAUGUUUGUGCAAUCUGUACUUUCCUCUCCUCUAGUUUUAGUACAUAAAGUGGGCUAUAAAACAUCCAGAGAGCACAGAGAGAGCACACAGACGUUUGUGGACUUCGGCAAACUCACAGGCAUGAUGAAUCUGAUCAGAAAUCAAGGCGCUGUCCUCAGUGUCCUCCUCAGCCUCUUGGUCUCUCAGAUCUCCUGUCAGGAUCCAGAUAGAGACGUUGCCUAUUUAAAAGUGAGGCUGGCUUUGUUGAAAGACCACUACAAGCUCAUGUGUAAGCAUUACUCCGGUCUUGCACAGAACUGCUCAGCUCCAGACUUCCCAGCCAUCAGAUGCACAGAGUGUCCUGAUGGUUGGCUUCAGGUGGAGGAUCAGUGCUUCCACCUCAGCACUGACAGACAGGAUCAGGCUGCUAGUGCUGAGGAAUGUAAGAAGAUGGAUGCCCGUCUUGCCAUCCUGACGACCCCAGAGCAGCAUGACGCUGUGGAAAAAGAAGGCCGGAGGAUUGGAGGAUUUUACACAAACUAUUGGAUUGGGCUGAGUGAUAUUGAGAAUGAAGGAGAGUGGAAAUGGGUGGAUGACUCUAAGCUUACUGUUCCUUUUUGGAACGUGGAAAAGGCUGAGCCGGACAACAACGUGUCCGGUGGCCCUAAUGGAGAGGACUGUGCGGUAGUAGACAGCUACAGCCGGACCUGGUACGACGUUCCUUGUGACUUUGCGUACCCAAGGAUCUGUCAAAAGGCUGCCAACCCUCUGCCAUAAGAAAACACUACUGCAGGAGCAUAUUCACCAAUGAUUGAUACUUUAUUGAAAAAGGUCAUGGUACAAGUGGGACAGAGAACAUUGUUUUUACUUUUUACAGUUUAUUCUAAUUUACAAAUAAAUCUUUUCUGUCACCAGAAAAUGGCCCUGUCUCCAUCAAUAAGAUUUAUAAAUAUACACAGAAACAUACACACACACACACACACACACACACACACAC